AUGUCGCAAAACCAAUCUUUUGCCAACGAAGCUGCAAACAUGAAUGGAGCUCCGAACCCAAAUAGGUCCGAUCCUCGAUUCCUGUACGGGUUGGGGGCCACUCGUCUGUCUCUGCCGGGAGCAUCGUCAAACCCGAAUGGAGGAGGAGUCUUCACAAUGCAGCGUCCUCCGACUCCCGAAGAAGUACAUGCCUACAACAUGUACCAUACUUUGACGAAGCCGGAGGCUCUCUUUAGAACCCUUGAUGCCAAGAAGGUAUUCGAUAUCACCACCUCCGAGUUGGCACGUCAAGCUCACUUGAAAAAUUUCAACAUGGGCGGCGACGUAUAUCUCUCAGCGAUGCACGAGUUGGUACAUUGUGACGACAAGCGAUUCGAAGUGGAAGAAUUGGCAUUUCGUCUCAAUAAAGUAGCCUCAAUCGAAACUGUAGCCCACAGUCGAGCGUUGGUGGAUGCCCGGCGGGCUGUGGAGGAUGCGCAACGUGCCUUGUCGGAAGGAUCUGCGAACUCGACUCGAGUCUUUGCUUUGACCCGAUCAUUGGAGGAUGCGCAACUGGACAUGGAUGACGUACAACGUGCCUUUGACGAAGCGAAGAGGAAGGAGAAGGUCGUUGACGACACAUUCUCUCUCAUUGAAGUCUACAACGAGCACUCACGUGCCGCGAUGAACGAAGCUCGAAACUAUUGUGCACGUCUUCCGAACCUCAACCAGCCCCUUCCAUGA